AUGAUCUCUCCUGUGCAGCAUAGUGAAUGGGCUGCGCUGCUAGUGUGCAUUCCGAAAAAAGAUGGAUCAGUGCGCAUUUGCGGAGAUUAUAAGGUGACGGUAAAUCAGUGGCUUGAUGUAGCUCAGUACCCACUUCCAAAACCGCAGGAUUUAUUCUGCACUUUAGCAGGUGGAAAGCAUUUCACUAAACUUGACUUGACGCAGGCCUACACUCAGCUCGACAUGGAUGAGAAAAGUAAGCCGUUUCUCAGCAUUAAUACACGCAGAGGUCUCUAUGUAUGCAACCGCUUGCCAUAUGGGGUCGCUAGCGCGCCCGCUAUUUUCCAGCGCACUAUGGAUGAAGUAUUACAAGGGCUUGAUGGCGUGGUAUGCUACUUAGACGAUAUUUUGAUAACAGGAACAGAUACCACCGCACAUCUGCGCAAUCUUAAGCAAGUGUUACAGAGACUGGAAGAACAUGGGCUGAGGCUUAACAAAGAGAAAUGUGCCUUCUUUCAGAACAGUGUGGCCUACCUCAGGCAUGUCGUUGAUGCUGAGGGUGUGCGCCCAAUUAAAGAGAAAACUGAGGCUAUUGACAAAGCUCCUGUGCCGAAAAAUGUGACAGAAUUGAGGUCGUACUUAGCCAUGCUCAAUUAC